AUGACAACACAAUCUCCUGGUACCGUAGAUGGAGAUAAAUCGGAGAAAACAGUCAAAGUUUCGAACCUUCCACUCAUCUUUGAUGAAUCUGACCUGCAGAUACUAUUCGCCAACGUUGGAAAAAUUGUCGACUGUUUGUUGACUAAAUCACCCGGAGAACCCACCAACUCUUCAAUAAUAGAGUUUAGCACCGUCGAUGAAGCUAUUCUUGCAGUCAGUUUGAGUGGAGUUUCAGUUCGUCGUCACAUUUUAAGGAUCGAGUAUUCGAAGCAGCCUAUUUCAAAGCCUGAAACAGCUGAAUCUCACGUUUCCUCAGAUGAUAUUAAGGGGAAAAUCGCCAAGGUCCUUGAAAUUAGGGAUAUGAUAAACAAAAGGCUGUCGUCAAAGUCCUCGAGUUCCACUGAUAAAACCUCAGAGUCCUCCUCUUCCGAGACUUUUAAUCCAGAAGAUUCUCAAACUGUUAAUCGCAAACAUCGCAAAACCACUAGAUUUGAUUGCAAAACGCCUAAUUCAGUAAGAACCAUCACAGACCUUUAA